AUGACAGUGGCAAUUCUGUGGCGCUCGACGCCCAAACUGACCCGGGCCGUGGCCUUGGCGCUUUUCUGGACCAGUGUCACCAUUCUUAUAGUGAAGGUCAAAUACUUGCAAAAUCCGGAUGAGCAACGGGCGCUCCAUGACAUUGUCAUACCUUAUAUCCAGCUCGUGCCGCGCUACGCAAUUUUCUAUCCGUGGGUGUUUGUCACGGCCAUUUUCGCCGAGAUCUCGGUGAUUUCUUUUCUUUUGGCGUUUGGCGUUCUCUACGUGUCCACGGGAUACGUGGAGAAGUUCUGGGGACACCGCGAGGUGCUCAAAUUCAUUGUCAUUGUGGGCGCCAUCACCAACUUGUCCACGGUGGUGAUCACGAUUGUGAGCAACAUCUUCCGUGGCGACGUUUUGGGCAUGGAUAAGCCUUUGGGAGGCGGCGUCUCCUACUACUUUGGCUUUUUAGUGGUGUUCAAGCAGCUCAUUCCGGAGCACAACGUGGUGUUGUUCCAGGGCCUUGUCAACUUCCGCGUCAAGCACUUGCCUUUCUUGCUGCUCAUCAUCGUGUCGGUGUGGUCGGCGGCCGCCCGCACCUUGUAUCCUGUUCUUCCGUCGGUGCUUUCGUUUUUCGUGGCCUAUAACUACUUGAGGUUCCACCAGUCGUUUUUUGCGGACCCGCUUCUCCCGAUCACAAGCGCCAGCGGCGAAAGCAGCAGCACGUACUUUGUGAGCGGCGAUGCUUCGGACGCGUUCCAGCUUGUCGAGUUCUUUCCCAGUGCGUGCAAGCCGUAUUUGGGCCCAGUCAUCAAUAGCAUAUACGACGUGUGUGUGCUUUUGGGCAUUGUCACGCCAUUCAACGACGACGCGGUGGAACAGAGCAAUAUGAGGGUGCAGAAGCUAUCUGAGCUGGUCAACCAGGCCAAUAACCUGCUUGCCAAUUCCGUGGCGGAGAGGAGAAGACAGGUGGCUUUGCAGGUGAUCGAGGACCGCACCAGCCAUGCAUAG